UCUCCUUCCUCCUCCGCCUCCCGGGCUCUUGGGCUAGAAUAUCUAUGGGUCGAAACGUGAUGCGAUGAAUCCGAGAGAGACCGAAACUGGGACGAGGAGUGCGGCGGAAGCGGCGGGACUCCCAAGCAUGGGGGCUUCACCACAAUAGAGGCAGCGCCCCCACCCGCCCCCGCCAGCGCUCCCGAGCGAAGCCCCCAAACCCCCUUGGGAAAAGGAUGGCGGCGGCACCUACCCAGAUUGAAGCCGAGCUGUAUUACCUGAUCGCUAGGUUCUUGCAGUCCGGACCCUGUAACAAAUCCGCUCAGGUGCUAGUGCAAGAGCUCGAGGAGCAUCAGCUGAUUCCGCGCCGCUUAGACUGGGAGGGGAAAGAACACCGAAGAAGCUUCGAGGAUCUGGUGGCAGCCAAUGCACACAUUCCUCCAGACUACCUCCUUAAAAUCUGUGAGAGGAUUGGUCCUUUAUUAGACAAGGAGAUCCCUCAGAGCGUUCCUGGGGUACAGACAUUACUAGGUGUUGGUCGGCAGUCUCUGUUACGAGAUGCCAAAGACUGUAAGAGUACACUAUGGAAUGGGUCUGCUUUUGCAGCUCUACACAGAGGCAGACCUCCAGAACUACCUGUAAAUUAUGUGAAACCUCCAAAUGUGGUGAAUAUCACCUCAGCCAGGCAAUUAACCGGAUGUAGUCGCUUCAGCCAUGUUUUCCCCUCAUCUGCUUACCAGCACAUUAAGAUGCAUAAGAGAAUUCUGGGGCACUUAUCUUCUGUCUACUGUGUAGCAUUUGAUCGAAGCGGGAGGCGAAUUUUUACAGGUUCAGAUGACUGUUUGGUGAAAAUCUGGGCUACAGAUGAUGGACGCCUCCUUGCUACACUGCGAGGGCACUCCGCUGAAAUUUCCGACAUGGCUGUUAACUAUGAAAAUACUCUCAUUGCUGCAGGCAGCUGUGAUAAAGUUGUGAGAGUAUGGUGUCUUCGAACUUGUGCACCAGUUGCUGUCCUUCAGGGACAUUCAGCUUCUAUUACUUCCAUACAGUUUUGUCCAUCAACUAAAGGCACAACUAGAUACCUCACUUCUACUGGUGCUGAUGGAACAAUUUGUUUCUGGCAAUGGCAUGUAAAAACAAUGAAGUUUAGAGAUCGCCCAGUAAAAUUUACAGAGAGAUCCAGACCUGGAGUUCAAAUAUCUUGUUCAUCUUUCAGUUCUGGUGGUAUGUUCAUUACAACAGGUAGCACUGACCAUGUUAUUAGAAUAUACUAUUUGGGUUCUGAAGUCCCAGAGAAAAUUGCUGAAUUAGAAUCACAUACGGACAAAGUUGUUGCUGUUCAGUUCUGUAACAAUGGAGACAGCUUAAGAUUUGUUAGUGGAAGUAGAGAUGGAACAGCAAGAAUAUGGCAAUAUCAACAACAAGAAUGGAAGAAUAUAGUGCUGGAUAUGGCUACUAAAAUGAGUGGGAAUAAUUUGACAUCUGCAGAAGACAAAGUCACUAAACUGAAGGUGACUAUGGUGGCUUGGGAUCGUUACGACACCACUGUUAUUACUGCAGUGAACAAUUUCCUUCUGAAGGUUUGGAAUUCUGUCACAGGGCAGCUUCUUCACACUUUAUCUGGCCAUGAUGAUGAAGUAUUUGUUCUAGAAGCACAUCCAUUUGAUCAAAGGAUCAUACUUUCAGCAGGUCAUGAUGGGAAUAUUUUUAUUUGGGACCUUGACCGAGGGACCAAAAUUCGAAAUUACUUUAAUAUGAUUGAAGGCCAAGGUCAUGGGGCAGUGUUUGAUUGUAAAUUUUCACCAGAUGGAAACCAUUUUGCCUGUACAGAUUCUCAUGGGCAUUUGUUGCUAUUUGGUUUUGGAUGCAGUAAAUACUAUGAAAAGAUUCCAGAUCAGAUGUUCUUCCACACUGAUUAUCGACCACUUAUCAGAGAUGCCAAUAACUAUGUAUUGGAUGAGCAAACUCAACAAGCUCCUCACCUCAUGCCUCCCCCAUUCUUGGUGGAUGUCGAUGGAAAUCCUCAUCCUACAAAAUUUCAACGGCUGGUACCAGGACGGGAAAACUGUAAAGAUGAGCAGCUUAUUCCACAGCUAGGAUAUGUGGCUAAUGGUGAUGGUGAGGUGGUAGAACAGGUAAUUGGACAACAAACCAAUGACCAAGAAGAAAGCAUUCUUGAUGGGAUAAUCAGGGAGUUACAGAGAGAACAAGAUCUCAGACUAAUUAAUGAAGGAGAUGCUCCACAUUUUCCAAUUAAUAGAUCAUAUUCUGUUAAUGGUGCUCUAAGUAGUCCAAACAUGGACAUACCUUCUUCCCCAAAUAUUAGCCUUCGGCGUAGUGGUCAGAUUGAAGGUGUUCGACAAAUGCACACCAAUGCUCCUAGGAGCCAGAUGGCCACUGAAAGAGAUCUUAUGGCCUGGAGCAGAAGAGUGGUGGUAAAUGAACUCAGCAGUGGGGUUAGUAGGGUACAAGAAGAAUGUCGAAAUGCAAAAGGUGACCUAGAAAUUAGUCUUUAUACAGUUGAAAAGAAGAAAAAGCCAUCUUAUCCUAUCCAAAGAAAUGAUUUUCAGCCCAGCUGUGGGCGAAACAUACAAAAGAAUUGGUUUGGGAGUGAGAAUAAGUUGAUAGACAUAAAGGAUUAUCAAGAUGUUAUAGACACACCUAUGGACUUCAGCACUGUGAAAGAAACUUUGGAAUCAGGAAAUUAUGAUAGUCCUCUGGAAUUUUAUAAAGAUGUUCGCCAAAUAUUCAGCAACUCCAAAGCUUAUACUUCUAAUAAAAAGUCAAGGAUCUAUAGUAUGACGCUGCGAUUGUCUGCCUUAUUUGAAAAUCACAUUAAGAAUAUCAUCUCUGAAUAUAAGUCAGCAAUCCAAAGUCAGAAGAGGAAGAGGCCAAGAUACAGAAAGCGUCUGAGAAGCAGCAGUAGCUCCUUGUCUAGCAGCAGAGCUCCCAGUCCAAAAGGGAAACAGAAGCAAAUGAAGUUACAGCCUAAAAAUGACCAGAAUACCUCAGUGUCUUAUGCCAGGACUAGUUCUCCUUUUUCUUCUCCCGUUUCAGAUGCUGCUGAAGGUGUUUCAGUGUAUCUACUUGAUGAUGAAGGGGAUGGGCCAUUUUCUCCAUCAAGUUUCAGUGGAUAUAGCAGAAGUGGAAAUAGCCAUGACCCAGGGAAAGCCAAAUCAUUUCGCAGUAGAGUCUUACCAGCUAAACAAGAUCACUCCCUUGAUGGGCCUCUUACAAAUGGUGAUGGCAGAGAACCCCGAACAGGGACCAAAAGAAAACUGCUCAGUGCAUCAGAAGAAGACGAAAGCAUGGGAGGAGAAGAAAAAGAGAUGAAAGAAACAAAAGAAAAAGCACAUUUAUCCUCCUCAGAGAGUGGAGAGUUAGGAUCCAGUUUAAGUUCAGAAAGUACCUGUGGCUCUGACUCUGACUCUGAAUCUACUUCCAGAACAGAUCAAGAUUAUGUAGAUGGAGAUCAUGACUAUAGCAAAUUCAUACAAACCAGACCUAAACGAAAACUCAGAAAACAACACACCAAUGGAAAAAGAAACUGGAAGAUGAGAGGCACAGGAGGAAGAGGCAGAUGGGGAAGAUGGGGUAGAUGGAGUAGAGGAGGCAGAGGAAGAGGUGGCAGGGGACGAGGAGGAGGUCGAGGAAGAGGUGGAGCUGGGGGGAGAGGGAGAGGACGAGGGAGAGGAGGAAGAGGUGCCUCUAGAGGAGCCACCAGAGCCAAACGAUCACGUGUUGCAGAUGAUGAAUUUGAUACGAUGUUUUCAGGACGUUUCAGUAGACUUCCUCGAAUUAAAACAAGAAACCAAGGCAGGAGGACUGUUUUAUAUAAUGAUGAUUCAGAUAAUGACAAUUUUGUGUCCACUGAGGAUCCUCUGAAUCUUGGAACAUCCAGAUCAGGCAGAGUACGUAAAAUGACAGAAAAAGCCAGGGUUAGCCAUCUCAUGGGAUGGAAUUAUUAACAGUUAAAGAAUUUAGAGUAAUUUUUAAAAAUAAAAUCAAUGGCCUUCUACUGCAGGGAAUUUACCAGAAAAUCUACAAAGCAAGUUGUGUGGGGACUUCUGCUUCCUUUCACAUUGGUGCUUUUCCAUAAUGCCAGUAUACAUUUGUUUCAAGACUUUUAAUCUCCACACUUCAUUUGUUCAAACAAGCCUUACUCAUUAGGCCUUAAAUUAAAACAAAUUACGCCCACACAUAUACAUGUGUGCACAAACACAUGCACGCGCACACAUGCACACACACACACACACACACACACACACACACAAACAUACAAACACACACACACACACCACAGACACACUACAGAUUUACUACAUGAAAGGAGCGUUCAGCUUCUUAAGCGUAGCAUGACAUUUUUAUCUCAAUAAGAUAUCCCUCUUUGCUUUUGUAUCACAGAAGUAUAGCACCUUCUUACAGAGUUUUAUAUAGUUUGUUUUUGCCAUUUUGAUUCCUAUACCCAGUAAUAAUAACUUUUGCACAAUACACCAAUCCUAAAGGCAGCUAUUAAAUGUUUACAGUUUCUAUAUUGUAAGAACGAUCUGGAUUAUUUUACUCUUCCCAGGCCAAACUUUCAUGAACUGUACUGAACUGAAGUAUAUAUUUAUACUGCAGUUUUGGGGUGGGGUGGGGGGUAUCUUGAUAUGCUUUUCAUUGAUUUGCUUAAUUCACGUUUAAGGUGAGAAAGGGUUGGUGCCUUGUAAAUAUGUAGCAAAUCUUUGUGGUGUGUCCUGAUGUGUGCAUUAACUUUAUUAAAAGAGAAUACUUGAGGUAUCAAUCUAGACAAGGUGCCAAAUGCAAAAGUUUCUUGCAUCCAUUUUUCUUUUUCUGAUAUAUUUUAUUGCAUUAAUAGAACUUGUGUAGCUUAAAAGUAACUUAAACAUUUGAAAAACAAAUCCUCAUCCGCAAAGAAUAACUUCUUUGAACAGUAGCUCAGCUACCUCUAUUAACUACAACUACUGGAAAUGCUAAGGAAGAUAGAUGCUGUUACUCAUUACUAAGGAGAACUAGAACAAGCUUGGUAGGGAUGAAUACUCCUAAGUUAUAAGCUGAGAAUUUUCAAUAAUCAUUGGCUCUCAAAUUAAUAGUUGUAAUUUACAAGAUUUCCUAAGUAUUAUAUGCUCUAGGCCUUUGUAGAACAUAUUUGUGUA